UAGUAAAAAAUAAAAGAGAAUGUAAAACCACAUAACCAUAUCAUCAGACUCUAAACCUAUAGUUCCUCUUUCUCCACUUUCACUCCCAAUUUCAUCUCCCACUUUCACUCCCAAUUUCUCUCUCUGUCUUAUCCAAAUUUCCAGCAUAAAUAGUGCAAUUAGGGUUCUUAGCCAUGGGUGAGAUUUAGCUUUCUUGGUGUAGAGGAGUAAAUUAAAUACCCAAUAGAUUCACAAAGUAGCAGAAUCGUGAGGUCCUAACUUCAAAAUCGUGGGGUCCCAACACAAAUAAUGCUUAGGGUCCUUAUGUUGUGAUUCAAAUUUCAUUUUCUGCCAUCUAUAUUCUCUGAAAAAGAUUGAUUCUUUAAGCUUGUUCAUACAAUUAGUUUCUCAGUUAGCGUCAAUUGUGAGAAAUUAUUGUCGCUAAAGGCACACUGUGAAAAAUCGCUACCCGAAGAAGUUAAACCAAUUGAAGUAGAAAGGUGAAACUUAUAAGUCCUCCUCGAUUAAUAUCAUCAGAAGAAGGGGGAAAAACACACACACACACAAAGAGAGAAACAAGUAGUGUGAAAAGAAAAGGAAUGGAAUGGAGGAAGUGUUAUUUGGAUGUAAUAUUAGUUCCAUUAUGGUUUAUGAUAUGUAUGGGAUAUCAUAUUUGGUUAUGGCAUAAGGUUAAGACACAACCUUUUCAAACUAUUAUUGGAACUAAUGCUAAUGGCAGACAUUUAUGGGUUUCUGCUAUUAUCAAGGAAACUUCAAAAACUAAUAUUGAGAAUCGAAAAAAGUUAAAGAAUCCACACACUGCUGGUUUUGCUACAAUCCGCGAGAAAAAGAAGAAGGAAACUUCUGAAGCUCCAUCAAGUAAGGACAUGUUUGUUGCUACAAGAUCAAGAAAACCCGGUCGAGUAUACAAGGAAUCAUAUAAAGAUACAAUGCACAAAAUUGCUGAAAUUGAGCAAAUACAAAAUCAAGAAAGUGAAGAUAAUAACCAAUCAAUUGACGCAUUUACAACAGUCAUGGGACCUGAGCAUCCAGGUCGCGUAAGAUUGUAUGGUCGUGGGGUUACAAAGACUAUCUUGAAACAAAAAUCUGGAAAUUUUGGAACCUCUUCAAAGACUAUUGAUGAGAUAAUGGAGCAAAAAAUGGAAGAAAUGGAAGAGAAAAUGCAAGAAAGGAUGCAGAAAAAGUUCGAGGAACAACAGGAAACUUGGUGGCAACAAAUUACACGUAAUGUUGUUGCACAACUUCAGCAUCUUAAACCAGAUUUACGAAUUGAUCCUAGUAUGCUAGCAUUAGGUGAUCCUUCACUCGGAGAAGCUUCCUCUGCACAACAAGCUGGAAUUCAACUAAUUAAUCUUCCAUCUACUGGCAGUACUAAUCAAGACCAACAUCUGCUUGGAAAUGCCACCAGUCCAACAUGCCAUGUACAGACUUUUGAAGAAGAUAACAGGCCACCCACAUCUAAUGCAUUGCAGACAGUUCUUGUGGACACUCAUAAGCAGAAACAAAGAAAAUGAGAUGGAGAAAAUGAAAAAAGGGAUGAUCAAAGGAAUGAAGAUCCUGCUUAAGAAGAUUUUUGGAUUGUUGCUAAAACUCUAAAUGUUCUAGGAAUCUUUUGUUAUCAAACAUUUUGAAACUUCUUUAACUUUUAGAUUGUAAAACUUAUGUACUUGGUUCUUAACUUUUGGAUUAUUAAACUUAUGUACAUGGGUUCUAAUAUUUUUCUUUUACGGAUA